ACACCACUGUUUUACUUACAGUUCCAACCAUGGCUCCGAUAGCCACAUACGUGUUCUUUGAUCUCGAAACUACCGGUCUUCCCAGUGAGGAAUUUAACAAAACAAAAAUAACCGAAUUGUGUAUGGUGGCAGUGAAACGCGAACAUGUACUUGAUACCCCGCCCGGUCACGUGCCUAGGGUACUCCACAAGCUUACACGGUGCUUCAACCCGGGCAAGAGGAUCUCGGAGCCUAGCACCGAGCUCACAGGACUUGAUAACUUCCUUCUAGAACACGAGAACUACUUUGACAUCACAAUUUUCGACAUGAUCAACAAGUUUCUAAACACUUUGACCAAGCCUGUGUGUCUUGUCACUCACAACGGCCGUAAUUUCGACUUUCCUAUUCUGAAACGACAGUUGGACAUGCUAAAUGUGAGAUUUUCUGAUGAUAUCUUAUGUGCCGAUUCGCUAGACGCCUUUAGUGAUAUUUUGGAAGAGAAAAAAGCUGAUAUCACAGUUGUAGAAGCAGAAAAGACAGAUGAAGUUGACCUGGCCGCUGAUAAUUGCUUGUCUAUGCAGUCUGUGAAUGAAACAACGCCAAAACAAGCAAAGCUACCACUGCGACGUCCACAUAAACCCGGAAAAGCAAAGCAGAGGCUCCCAUUUAGCGAGAAGAGACUUAAAGACAGUUACAAACUAUCGGACAUUUACGAGAGAGUGGUAGGCCGCACGGCUGUUGAUGCUCACAGGGCAGAGACUGAUUGCAUGCUGUCGUUGGAGAUUGCUGUGGUACUCUCCAAGGAGUUCACAUCAUGGGUGGAUGCUCAUCAUCGUCAGUUUUCUGAAGUGUCCCCAAUGACCCCUGGAAUAAAGAUUGGUUCCUAGAUGAUAAGCCUGUGUGGUGUGCAAAGUGCAACAUUUAAAGGUAUUGCAGGUGUAUUCAUAGUAGUUCUAGUGAUUUAAUUUUAAUAAAUGUGUUAGUGCUCAUAGUUUAAAAGUUAAUUUUUAAGAUUUUUGUCAUUAUAUAAUUUUUUUAAUUUAUUUUAUUUGGUAACUGUAAGAUUUUAUCAGGACAUGAUUGUAAAUUAUCCUUGUCACACAUUUUUAAGUGUUUCUGUAUAAGACUGACAUAUAUAUAAUUAUGUAAACUAAGAACUAUUCCAAAUUCACACACAGCUCUGUAUUGUACCUAUGACUACCAUACUUUCUAUGCAUUCAUUUUAUGUUAAAAAAUGCCAAGUACUUCAGAAUAUUGGGUGAUUCUGAAAAUCAUUCAUAAAUGCUAUCAGAUUUAGAGUCCAUAUUGGUUAUUUUUGGACAAUCUGAAAUGUUCAGAAUUACUAAAUGUAUUCUUAGCAUUUCAUACUUAUUCUAGGCCAGGGCAUACACAUUUUUGUAUUAGUAUUUUUCAUGACAGUUUUCUGAAAUGUUUGUAAUGAUAUUAUUAGAUUUAUUUUGAAUAUUUUUACUGUGUUAAUAUAUUUCAUUCGUAAAGAUUAUUCGUAUAAAGUCAUGUCUUAAAUACAGAUUUUUGUAUUUAAUUUAUGUUUACUUUAAUUUUAUUGGUAAGCUUUUACUUAACUAUGUA